AUGAGCAACGACUCCAUUGAAAAAGUGGGCACAGUAGGUCCAAGAUUCAAGGGCUGCAAUAUGGGACAGCUUGAUAAAGAACUGGAAGGGCAGUAUGCAUCUUUGUUGGAGUCGUUUGAUCAGAUUUGCGAUGAUGGUUUUCAAAUUGGUGGAAAAUUGAAGACAGUAGUAACCUGUUUCUCCGAUGGAGCAUUUCAUCCUCCUCCGAGCAUGUGUGAAAUCAACGAGCGAAGUGGGGUUGACCUUGGUUAUUUGAAAAUAACUGCUCAUGUGCGUGUUUUGAUUACUGGGUUCAUGCUCUCAGUCGGGAUAGUACUGAUCAUCGUUGGGAUCAUUUUUCGAAUAAUGAUAAUGAAGAAGCGAUCGCAUCGAAAUCGCAGACCUUCCAUUCCUCCAACAAGAAGACGAAACUUCCAACAGGAGCCAGUGGUCAUUUCAAGAGGAAAGCUCAAAAGAUCGCAGAGCUUUCAAUAUCCGGAAGUUACCAGGAAAGGAUCGCAAGCAUCUUAUAGUUAG